AUACGUCGACGCCUCAACCCAAAAAUAAAAAUUAUUUCACUAUUUCACAGGCUGUCCACCAAUCACGUUCCACUUUCAAAUUCCCUUCGAACCGGCAACCGGCUACAGCCGGUUCAAAAUCAGUCAUCAACUUCAGUAUAUAGCACCAAACACUAUCACUAUACUGAGCCAAGAGUGAAGUAGUUUGUGAGUGACCAUACGCAGCUUAAUUUCUGCAGCGAAUCUCCACCGUCGAUCUUAAUCAUUCUCCGACGAUGCCGAUCCGGAACAUUGCCGUUGGCCGUCCCGAGGAGACGUACCACCCGGACGCCUUGAGGGCGGGUCUCGCCGAGUUCAUCUCCACGCUGAUCUUCGUCUUCGCCGGAGAGGGCUCCGGCAUGGCCUUCGCCAAGCUCACCCACGGGGCCGCGACCACGCCAGCAGGCCUCAUCGCCGCUUCUCUAGCCCACGGAUUCGGCCUCUUUGUCGGCGUAGCCGUCAGUGCCAACAUCUCCGGCGGACACGUCAACCCCGCCGUCACCUUCGGCGCCUUCGUCGGCGGCAAUAUUUCCCUCCUCCGCGGCAUCCUCUACUGGAUCGCCCAGCUGCUCGGGUCCGCCGUCGCCUGCGGGCUCCUCAAGUUCGCCACCAACUACCAGACUACCUCCGCAUUUGCUCUCUCCGAGGGGGUUGGGGUUUGGAACGCGUUCGUUUUCGAGAUCGUGAUGACGUUUGGGUUGGUGUACACGGUGUACGCCACAGCCAUUGACCCGAAGAGAGGCAGCGUGGGAACAAUCGCGCCGAUCGCGAUCGGUUUGGUAGUUGGCGCGAACGUUUUGGCGGGUGGGGCUUUCGAUGGAGCAUCCAUGAACCCGGCCGUUUCAUUCGGGCCGGCUUUGGUGAGCUGGAGCUGGCAUAACCACUGGGUGUACUGGGCCGGGCCUUUGAUCGGCGGUGGGGUUGCUGGGCUUAUUUACGCGGCCGCCUUCAUCGGCAACUCUGGGCACGACGCCCUCCCGACCGCUGAUUACUAAUUAAUUAAGCCUUAAUUAAGCCCUAAUUAAGAUUCAAUCAAAAGAUUUGCAUGCAUGAUGGAUCUUCACUUGUUUUUAUGAGGGUUUUGUACCUUUUCUUGUGUUUUAUUUCAUCAAGAAAGAUCAUGAUCGUUCAUCAUGAGUUCGUUGCCACCGUUGAUUUGUAUUUGUUUCGAAUUUGCAUGCUCCGGUUGUAUGAUUAAUUUAAUUUAUCUUUUUUAUUAUUAUUUAA